GAAUUUGCCUUGGGGUGCUCAUAAACAGCGGCAUUUCUCAUAGGUGACUGUACCAUGUGACUGCUAAGCAAAGUGCUUUAAAGAGCGGCUCGACCUGUUGAGAGGCAUCACAGGUAAUCACAGGUCGUCAGACGAGUGUGAGAAAGUGCUGUUUAGAUUCUCACCGCUGCACUGGGAGACGGACGCGGGGUGCGGGAUACCUAUGACACGUGAAACGAUCUGCAGCUUUUCCAAUGGCGAGCAGAGGCAGCUUCACCAGUUCGGAGUUCUCAGAGGAGGAACUGGAGGUGAGUCUUCAAGAACCCGAGGAGCUGGACAGCAGCCCCGGCUGUUGUUACCCCAGCAGCACCCUAAGCGAGCCAGAGGAGCGCCAGGCCAAGAAGCGCAACAGGCCGGUGCGCUCCAAAGCCCGCAGGGUGGCGGCCAACGUGAGAGAGAGGAAACGCAUCUUGGAUUAUAACCAGGCCUUCAACGCGCUCCGGGUGGCAUUACAACAUGACCUCAGCGGAAAACGACUGUCCAAGAUCGCCACGCUCCAGAGAGCCAUCAAUCGAAUCUCCGCUUUAUCCGUCUACCUCACCAACAACCCACCAGCUGAUGUGAUGAAACCCUGCAGCCACCUCGAGUGUCAGCCCGGUGGCCUGUGGUCGGAGACGGAACCGUCUCCCCCUUUCCGACUGGAGACCCAGAACUUCCUCUCCUGGCACCAGCCACUCGCCCAUCAUAUCCAAACCCCCCUGCACAGGCUGUCUUCAGAACAACAUGUUUUCAUGGACACUCAAAGACAUACAGGCCCUGCUUGUCCUCCGUCCCCUCACUACCCCUGUUUCUCUCCUGACGGCCAGCUCUACCCAAACGGACACUGCCGGACCCCUCCUAGCGAUACGGCAAGCCCACCCAGGUAUGGGAGACUGAGUGACGCUGGGGGUUAUCAGGCGGGAAUUUGGGGCUCUUGUGGCCCUAGUUAUGUGGACAGUUUUGGGGAACCACUUCAGACGCUCCCGGUGCCCUGGCACAUGAGUUACCUGCAGGACGCCGGCCCUCAGAACUGUCAGAACACACUCUGAUGGACGCACACAUACAGUAAACGAGAUCCCCAGGAAAAUGACUCAAACCCAUCACAGACUGAAGCACUUGGACAUCACUGCAAGCAUUCUGCAAAACUCUGCUAGGAGGUGGAAAAACACUGUAUUUGUAGAUAUUGUGAAUGUAAUUUGAAUUUGUAAUACAUAAUAGAGGAGCAAAUAUAUUAGAACACAAAGGAAUUCCGUGUUUUUAGAGUAUUAUUAACCAUGAUGCAUUGAUAAGCUGAAAGAUGAUUCAAAAGGUCUCUUAAGACUUGUUUGUCAAAAAUCAUUGGUGAUUUUAAUAAGACUUGAAAUAAAAUCUUAA